CGAAAUUACGAUCCGGCAUUACACCCAUUUGAAAUUCCACGGGAAUACACAAGGGCGCUAAAUGCAACUAAAUUAGAUCGUAUAUUUGCGAAACCUUUUCUUGCAUCGUUAGAUGGCCAUAGGGAUGGAGUUAAUUGCAUGGCUAAACAUCCAGAGAGCUUGUCUACAGUUCUGUCUGGAGCAUGUGAUGGAGAGGUGAGAAUCUGGAACUUGAUGAAGCGUGUAUGCAUCCGUACAUUGCAAGCACAUGAGGGCUUUGUAAGAGGAAUGUGUACCCGUUUUUGUGGCACCUCUUUCUUCACUGUGGGUGAUGAUAAAACAGUAAAGCACUGGAAAAUGGAAGCACCAGCUUAUGGGGAAGCAGAAGAACCAAUAAAUACCAUUCUUGGAAAGACAGUGUACACUGGAAUUGAUCAUCAUUGGAAGAAACCUAUAUUUGCUACUUGUGGUCAUCAGGUUGAUAUAUGGGAUGAGCAGAGAACAAGUCCUAUAUGCUCUUUGACUUGGGGAGUCGAUAGCAUAAACAGUGUUAAAUUCAACCCAAUUGAGAUGAAUCUUUUGGGAAGCUGUACUUCAGACAGAAAUAUUGUGUUGUAUGAUAUGAGACAAUCAACUGCCCUAAAGAAGGUUAUUUUGGAUAUGAGAACAAAUACACUUUGCUGGAAUCCUAUGGAAGCUUUCAUUUUCACUGCAGCAAAUGAGGAUUACAACUUAUAUACUUUUGAUAUGCGGUUCCUUGGCAAGGCUUUAAUGGUUCAUAUGAACCAUGUGUCUGCAGUUCUGGAUGUGGAUUACUCCCCUACAGGAAAAGAAUUUGUGUCUGCCAGCUUUGAUAAAUCUAUUCGCAUUUUUCCUGCAGAUAAAGGUCAUAGCAGGGAGGUUUAUCAUACAAAGAGAAUGCAACAUGUCAUCACUGUCAAAUGGACAUCAGACAAUAAAUACAUUUUGUGUGGCUCUGAUGAAAUGAACAUUCGUUUGUGGAAAGCAAAUGCUUCUGAAAAGCUGGGUGUGCUUACUCCUCGAGAGAGAGCUGCUAUUAACUAUAAUCAGAAACUGAAAGAAAAAUUCCAGCAUCAUCCCCAGAUCAAACGUAUAAAUCGCCAUCGUCACUUACCGAAGAUGAUCUAUAGUCAAGCCAAAGAGCUACGCAUCAUGAAAGAAGCUCGUCGGCGAAAGGAACUGAACCGUCGCAAACAUAGCAAGCCUGGAUCUAUACCACUUGUGUCAGAAAAGCAGAAACACAUUAUGGCUGUAGUAAAAUAAUAAUAUAUAAAAUUACUAGGGUACUAAAUUCCUAUGGACAUGAUUUAUAUAUGAUAUAUAUAUAUUUGUUGAUAUUAUGAAAAUAAUAAAUUGUGACUUUAGUUGCUAUAGUGUGGCUAAUUGUGGUAUCUUUAUAGUAUUUACAAGCUGCAUCGCUUGUAAAGAACGAGAGUGAAAGUAUCUAAAAAAGUAUAUGCAAAUUCUGCAUACUAGCAACUAGAAGAGACAGAACUAAUGUCAGCUUUGGAAAGCUGCAAUAAGUUUUCCAAAAUGCUAAAUUGUAGCAUCUUAAAAGAAUGUGAACAAAAGUAUUUUUAGAUUGGCAAACUCGCUUCCAAAAUAUUUGGGCACCAUUUAAUUAAAAAAAACAACCCGUGUCAAGCCCCUUUCUAUUGUAAGCUAUGUAUCCUGAUUCAACCUAUCAAAUAAGGUACAGGUAGUCCUCAACUUAUAACCACAACUGAGCCAAAAAUCUUUGUUGAUAAGCAAGACAGUUUUAAAGUGAAUUUUGCCACAUUUCAUAACCUUUCUUGCCCCAGUUGUUAAAUGAAUCAUUGCAACUGUUAAAUUAGUAACACUGUUGUUAAUUGAAUCUGGCUUCCCCAUUGACUUGCUUGUCAGUAAGUUACAAAAAGUUACACAUUUUACCCCAACCAUCAUGCCAUGUGCCAAACAUCCAAAUUUUGAUCAUGUGAUUCUGGGCAUGGUGCAAUGGUCAUAACUUUGAAAAACAUCAUGUCACUUUUUUCAGUGCCAUUGUAACUUUGAACGGUCAUUAAUGGUUGUAUUUUUAUUUUGUGUAUAUGUUAAUAAAACUUUAGUUGAAUAGAAAUGUAUACCUCUGAUAUGUAAAAUGUGGAAUAAUUAUUAAUAUUUUGAAUAUGAUUAUUGCCAAUAUUUUAUUUUAACUGUUGAUCCAUUUAUAGCACAAUACUGAAAUUAAUAACACAUUCUCUAAAGUUUAAGAGCUUAGGCAGGAUCUUAAUUUUUGGCUAUAUUAUUUUCAGUAAUAAGAUUGAAAUAUGUUAAGUAUGCACCAAUUAGAGAAUAUUAAUAUUUUUUACUUUUAUACUAGAUCAAAUCAUCUACCUAAUAUAGUCAUGAAAAUACUGUAUUCAGAGAUUGGCAUGCCAUUCCAUUUUUUUCUAUGACUUAAUCCAGAUUCCAUCUUCAGUUAUAAAUCUGGCUCAAGCCUGAGAUUUUCUUCAAAACUUUCCAUACCCAGAGUUGGCCAUCUAAAAUCAAACAAUUAUUCUUUGGGCUAGCAUGCAAUUAAAGUUUUAAAUAAUUUGUCUUAUUUAACAGAUGAUAUCUCAAUUGUUUUCUUGCUUAUCACCUGGAAAACAGCUGUUUCUUUGAACUUCACAUUUAAAUUUUAGCAAAUUAUUUAAUCCUAUAUUAACUGCAUAUUUUUAUUUUUAAUUUAUUUUUAUUAAAUAUUACUAAGAUAAACUAAAAUAUAAAAGUAAAAAAACAUGCAAAUAAGAAUUGGAAGAAACUAUAACAUAUAUACAAUAAUAUAUGUAUGUGUAUUCCCAAACUUUUGUAAAGUACUAUAUUAUACAUCUGGAAACAAAAACUAAGGUGUUAUUAAACAACUCUAAGAAAAUUUGGAAAGCUCAUAAAGUUUAUGUAUUUAAUAUUGUGGAGAAAAGCAAAAAUAAUUUAACAGUUAUAGUCACAUUCUGGUGAAAUGACUUAACUUAACCAACACAUAUACUAUAUAUUGUAUAAAUAGCUACAUUAAUUGGGGAAUACAAUUUGUUCAAAAUAAAUAGAAGUUCAAGAAAGGAGUGGCACUAUGUAUUAAACAUACACAUCUAUUCAAAAAUUCAAGUUGAAGAAUGUUGAUAGAGAUUACAUUUUCAAAAAAUGAAGUGUAAAUCUUUCAAACAGGAUUUCAAUUAGUCCAAUUUUUAUGGGAGAAAACCUCUUGCCAAGUAUGGUUCUUCCUAACGUGCCUUGUUGAGAUCUCUUCUUCGGAGGGUGGAUGAUGAAUCCUACAUUAUGGUAUCAACUGUACUCCCUAAUACUGGUGUGUAACAUUGUGAUAAAAUAUCUAUUUCCAGAGCUAGCACUGAUGCAUGUUUUAUCAUUUUGAUGUCAUAAGGUGGAAGUGAAACCAGUUUUUUUUCAUCUGUAAAAAUAUUUCUGCACUAAGGAUGGGGUGAUUAACAAACAUUUACAAGCAAGAUUUGUCUUUGAGUAUAAAAAGCUAACAUUUUGAUUAAUUAAAAGCACAGCCAGCUAUCAGGUCAAAAUGAAUUGGUGAAAAAGUUUCUAAAUUUUGUACUUUAUGUACAAUGGCAUACCUUGUUAUCCUUAAGUUUUGAUACAUUGUAGACUUUUGUAUCAACUUAGGGGAAAGUUUCAGAGUUGCAGUCUUCAAUGUAACAAGCCAGUUUUCAUGCAGCACUCAAGGUUUAAACUUUGAGUUCUUCAGCUUGAGCAGAGAUAAAUCAGAUUUAUGGACAAAAGAUUGCAAUUUAUACUUAAGCUCUUCAGUUGUCCCAUAACUUGAUUUUGACUAGUGAGUGUUGUUUUAGGGCCAAAUACCCAAAAGUUGCACAUUAAUUGUGUGCCAUCAAGUCAUUGUGUUUCUUAAUGACCCCAUUUAGAUCAGGUUCCCAAAUUAUCAGGGACACCUUCCUUUGAGAGGUACAUAGAGUCCAGGCGUGAAGAACCUUUCAGUCGUACAUUGUUACAAUAAAUCAACCUAUCAAAAAUUACUAGUUUCAGGUGAGUUAUAUAGUAGUGGAGAAGGCUCAACCUUUGCUUUUUAUUAAAAAUAAAAUUUCAUUGUAUAGUU